AGUUUUUAGAACCAAGUCCGGAUACUGGUAGACUUGACGGCCAGGUGGUGUCAUUGCACCAAACGUGACGUCGUUGGUAUACGAAGUAUGGAGAUCGACCGCAUCCUCUGCAGCUCCAAGAAGCGCCGCUUUGGCGACGAUGGCAACGACGACGACGAUGACAAUGAGAUUGAAACGGACGGGCACGACGUCGCCCACGACCUGCAGACGCUCAUGGACAUUGCGGCCGACCUCGGCUUUGUCGUCUCGGACGCGACCUUUGAGAGCUGGGCCGAGUGCACCGAGAAGGUUCGCCUCCUCGGUCUCCGCAGCCACUUUCAGCUCUACUUUGCCAAAGGCAACUCGCGCCACCGGUCGUGGAAGUGCAAGUCCGAUCCGACGUGUCCGUUCGAGGUCCGGGCGUGCCAGCAGCGCAACAGCGAGGUCAAGGUCACGAUGGCCAACUUGAUCCACAACCACACCUUGAGCCGCAACGAGGUCCACCCCAACACCCCGAAAUCGGCGCGCCAACAGCGCAACCGAACGCUCACCGUCGAAAUGGCGGUCAACGUGGUUGUCGAGCACGUACAGUAUGAGCCGAGCCUCGUGACUUGUUCGAUCGUCAAGGAGGCGAUCGCCGAAGCCUUUGGCAUGCAGUGCAAAAAGUCGUUUGCAUCAACCGUCAAGCAGCGCGCGCUCGCGUAUCUUGGCGCGACGCCACGCUCGAGCAUCGUCCAGGAUAACGACAGCGACAGCGCAAGCCUCGUGGAUGACAAGCCUGGCAACCAAACUUGAUAGCAAACAGAUAGGUAGAUGAAGAAGAACGAAGACAAGCUUACUAUAAUGAAUCAUGAUGUGGAGAAGGUGG